AUGACUUAUAUUGGUGCAGUAUCUGAGCAGCUCCAGAAAAACUGGCAGAUAGCCAGGCAGGAUAAAUUUAAAAGUACCGUCUCGUCCUCGCACCGAACGCAGCAAAACAACUUGGAGCAGAAUUUGCCCAUCCUGGCAGGACUGCCGCCAGCCGGCCGCACUGCCACCCGCCUCGCCCGGAGCCAGACGAUGAGCCCCGGGGGCGAUGCCGCUAUCAAAAAGGGGAUCUAUCAGCCAGAGCAGCCUAAUUUGGCAUACCAGACGGCUAGGACAACAGAGGAGACAGAUAACAACGAGUCUGUGAGCACCAGUGAGUCACAAGCUGGAUUUUUGCCAGAGGAAGAGGAGAAAUGUUCCCUCAAAGCCAUACUGUGUCCCCCAAAUUCGGACCCUUCCAAAUUCUCUGGCUCGGUGGUGAACGUCUCAACCUUCAUCAUUGGUUUCCUUAUUGUGGGUAGCUGUAUCCUCACUGCCCUUGAGCCGAGCACUCUGAUAAAGGCUGUAUGGAUUAUUGCUGCUAUCCUUGUUCUUCUUGUCAGCUUCAUUAUAUGGAAACAGCCUGAAAGCAAAACUAAGCUCUCCUUUAAGACAGCCGACUCGGAAUUCAACUCUGGGAGGGCGCCCCAUCUUCGGAUGGUCCCGGAGGAGAUUCCGACUUAGCUCACCUGGAUUUUCCGAACUGAGAUUUUCCUGAACUUUUUCAGGAAAGCAAAAAGAAAAGAGAAAGGACAUACUGCAGC